GCCGUGGCUCUUGGACCAAUUCCCGAACCGAGAAGAGAAGCCCUCACAGACGCUGAAGGUUUCCUGCCGCAGUCGGGACAACAGAACGACCCAAGUCUCCAAGGGAUCCUUCGUCUUGCACUCUCUCAUGCCAGGAGUCUGAUUAUUGCGUCACCAUUGUGAAGUCAAGCUUUCAAACCUGUUCCUAGCACAAUGUCCUUCUAUCCUUUAUUCUAUCCUACCCAAAUGGGACAGGAUAAUGAUAUCUCAUCUUUCAAUGUGUUGUGUGAGGAGAGUGGAGAAAUGUCGCACAAGGAGUGCCCUGAUGAGCAGAUCUACUCUAGCUUAACUGUAAACAUUACCGGAAACAACGGCGAGACAUCAAUCUCACACCCGACUUCUCCUUACGACGAAACGCCAGUCGCAGAAACUUUCGGAUCUCAGUCGUCAUCCAACUGCAUGGGGUAUUUUAAUCCUUCUCAAUCUGGAGAGGGAGCAAGCAACGAGACUGGGAAUUCGAGUCACCAUAUUGGCGAGCACAAUAUGGGAGAUUAUGAGAAUGUCCAUAAUUAUGCGAUGACUUCUACGUCUCUCGACUCUACCGCACCAACUCCUUCAACAUUUACGCAAACUACCCAUGACGAAGCCUCCGCUACCGAUAAAACGGGCUUUUGGUUACCUCAACCGAUGAUUCAAGCCCCUUCUUGGGAAUUUUGGCAGCAAGAACCUCACCCCACACACUCCCCACCCCUGGCCGUCACUCCCAACACUGCCGCAAGGUCCAUGACUUCAAUCGCAACUCAAACUUCAGAAGAUCCGAUGAUCGGCAAUACACCCCACCAAGUCUACAUGCCACCAACUCGAACGGCAUCGCGAAUCUCAAGGCCCAAUGUCAACCGACGAGCUUCUGCAAACUUCGCCUGUCACAUUGACGGAUGUACCCGCUCCUACACACGGAAAUUCGAGCUCGCCCGACAUCUGAAAAACCAUUCAGGGAUAAAGGAACAUCACUGUAGAUUUCCAACUUGCAUUUGGGCAGCACCAAAUGGGUUUGCACGGAAAGAUCAUCUUAAGCAACAUUUACGACAAGUGCAUAAGACUUUGGCAUAG